AUGAGGCUACGACAAACCAGCAAUGGUGAUCUACUGUAUCCCGAUUGUGCAUUCACCGAUGUGGCCUUUGGCCAAACACUGGUAUUGACAUAUCGCAAUUUAUUGAAAAAGGCCAUUGGUACAUCUGUAGCAAAAGGAGCCAAGCAAAAACGAUCGGGCACAGAAGACUUGGACUGCGUCCCUAAUGAUUUUAAGUUUGAUGACAGGAUGAUCCAGUAUGUAAUGGGGGACAGGCCCAAAUAUGGCCAUAGUUGGGCAAAGGUUAAAAGUGUCUACUACAUCAUCCUGGUCAAGGAAAUGCACUGGAUAGCAGUAGUCACGCUCUUAGAGGAGAGGUUGUUGAAGAUCCUUGACUGCAACCCAACAAUUUGUCGAGACAGGCAGUUGGAGGCCGAGUUGGAGCCACUGUCCGUGUUGUUCCCGUGGCUGUUACGCCAGAGCGGGAUGUUUGAGCACCUCGAUGAUGAAGCAUUGACGGGAAAGUGGCCACUCAAGCUGCUGAUUGUGGGGCAUAUGCCCUGA